AUGUCUGAAGCUGAAAUGGAGGCAGAAGUGGAGGAUGGGGUGUCUGACACUUCACCCAUGCUGCCUGGGCCCCCCUCACUCCGCCUAAGAGCUCCCCAACUUCGCCCAGAGCCCCUGGGUCCUGCUGGUCGCUGCCUCUGGGCGCUGAUGCUGGCCACUGCCAACCUGACCCUCCUCCUUCUCCAUCUGCUGCUGCCCAUUGCUGUGUUCUCUCUGGCCCUGCUGCCUUCUGCUGCUGUGGUCUACCUGGGUUUCCAUUGUCACUCCAGGGUGUUGCGCUCGGACUCCCGCCCGUGCCGGGCCCUGCUGGAUGACCGCAGCUCCUCGGCGCUCAUCGUCCUAGGCUUCCUGACGCUGCCCCCUAUGCUGGUGCUGGCCUCCGCUGCCUAUGGCCGCCUGCUCCGCCGCCUGUGCCCGCUGCUGCCGCUGCCGCCACCGCCCUGGGCCUCUGCCUGCGCCCGGGGCUCCGCGGCCAAGGUCCAGGGGAGCUGCAUGGAAGCCCAGGACCGAUGGGAGGGCGGCAUCCAAGCCCGAGAGUGGCAUCCCUCCACCCCACCUGCUUGUCUGUUGACUGCCAUGAGAGUCAAUAAAAUAGACCCCCGGGCCCAAGCUUGUGUUCUGGAGUGGUUGAGGAAACUGAAGCAGGCAGAAGGCCCUGCUACUCCAUCCUCAGCUGCCCAAGGUGACCUCCUCUUUUUGCUGGACAGCUCAGCUAGUGUGUCCUAUUACGAAUUCUCCCGGGUGAAGGAGUUUGUGGGGCAGCUGGUACAGCCGCUGCCCUUGGGCCCAGGGUCUGUGCAGACCAGUAUGGUACACGUGGGCAGUGAGCCCACUGUCGAGUUCCCCUUUGACCAGCACCACUCGGGAGCUGCUGCACAGGAGGCCAUCCAGGCAGCCAAGCAGCUGAUGGGGGACACCAACACAGGCCUGGCCUUGGCUCUGGCCAAGAAGCAGCUGUUCACCACCGAGGCAGGUGCUCGGUCCGGCGUGCGCAAAGUACUGGUGUGGGUGACCGAUGGCGACUCAAGCGACGAUGUGCAGGCUCCCAUGCAGGCGCUCAAGGACCUGGGGGUGACCGUCUUCAUCGUCAGCACUGGCCGGGGCAACUUCCUGGACCUCUCUGCUGCUGCCUCCCAGCCCCCCGAGAAGCACCUGCGCUUCGUGGAUGUGGAUGACCUUCGGAUUAUCAUCCCCGAGCUGCGGGGCGCCAUUCUCGAGGCAAUGCGGCCCCAGCAGCUCUACGCCAUCGAUGUCACAUCCCAUAGCUUCCGCCUGGCAUGGCCACCCCUGCUGUCCGGUGACUCUGGCUACUACCUGUUGGAGGUAGCCCCCAGCACCAACCCUGGAGCCAAGCAGAGCCGCCAAUUGUUUGGGAAUGAGACCAGCUGGUUCUGGGAUGGCCUGGAGCCCAGUACCACCUACAAGGUGGUCUUGGUGCCCGAGUCCAACCUGCAGUACCUGGCCCCACAGACUACCCAAGUCACUACCUUGGAAGAAGAGGUCAGCCCAGCCCGCAUCCUCAUCUCCCAUUCGAAGCCUCACAGCUUUCACGUGAGCUGGGGCCCAACACCCGUGGGUGUUCUCCGGUACCAGGUCCUGUACGGACCCCUGCCUGCGGGUGGUGCCCGGCUCCUUGAGGUGCCCGCCACCGAGAACAGCACCACGCUGGACAAUCUGUCACCCAACACCACCUACCUGGUCACCGUGGCUGCCAUCUAUCGGUCUGGCCGGGAGAAAGCUCUGUCGGCUAAGGCUUGUACACAGGAAGUGGCCUCCAAGAUUGGGCGCCUCUACUUCCAGAGCCUGGGCCCUAGCACGGUGAAUGCGUCUUGGGACUCGGCGGAGGGCGAUGUCCGGGGCUACCGGGUACGGUGCCGGCGGCAGCUGGGGCCCCCAUCCCUCCUCAGCGUCUCCCCUCAGACCCACAGCGUCAUCCUCACGGGCCUGGCUGCGGGCACCACCAACCACGUGUGUGUGACACCCAUCUACCCGAGCCACGCUGGGUCUCGGCGCUGCCAGACCAUCCGCAUGCACCCUGUCACGCCGGCCCCCGAGUAUCGGCCCACUUAGCCACACCCCAAGAUGCCCUUAAGUCCCAGAUACCAGAGGAGAGCCGAGCCUUUCCCUCGGAAACAGACCAGAGGGGAAAGCACUGGACCCAAGAGAUUGGCGAGAGAAGAUGAGGUCUCUGUGGCGAAUUGGUCCCUGGGAGCCCCAUCGGUCCUUUCCUGACCUUUGCGGGGUGCCUAACUCAAGUGGGUCAGUGGUCAGCUUGGGUGAUCCUCAAGGACUUGGGUCCAAAGCCUGAAGUGCUGGUGGCUCAGCUAUGGGCCCUGGGCUCACUCCCUUCUCUCUUGUACUAACACGCAUGUCGUUGAUGGCCUCCCCAAAGUGAAGAGGUGAGGCGGCGAGGAGGUAUUGGCCUGGGACCUCGUCUUUGUUUCCUAACCCUGGUUUCCCUGGAAGAGAAGUGGGGGUGGGGAUUGGGACGAGUCCUGGUUGGGGAAGCUGAGCAAGGCUGGCCACGGUUUUGGAUGUAGGCAGCGAGGGAUGCUGGGAUGACCCCUGCCCCUUCCAGCUUGCCCACUUCUAAUCUGAAAGGUGGUCCCCCACCAUGACAUUUCUCCCCACCUCCACCCCCACGUUAGGACUCUCUCCAUUCCUUUCCUUGCCAUGCGGCAGAGCCUUUCCCCAAAUGCAGAGUUCCUCCCCAUCUCUAGCACGGGAUCUCCAGGAGGUCACUGAAGCCCAAGCAAGAAUUGCAUCAGAUCCCUCUCCAAGGAGAAGAGUCGUCAAGGACAGGGCACAAGGAUGGGUCCUGCCACAAACCAUGUUUGAAGUGGAAAAUCUCUCUCCCUUUUUAAAACCUUUGCCUUCUGUCUUCGUAUCAGUUCUAAGAGAGAAGAGUGGCAAGGA